GUUGGCACAGUAGUUGAGGGAUCUGCAGAUUUCUAUUCCUCCCGUAUCACUAAACGUCAACGGAAGAAUAACGUUAUUGAUGAACUGCUGUCGGAUGCUGAAUUUAGGAGGUAUGUAUUGUUGAGGUCACAAGUUUGUAUUAGAAGCUGUAUUAAGAUUCUUUAAGUUUACAAGAAGCUUGAUUAUGAUACAGGCAUGAACCAUUCUUCCCUAUGUCUCACAACAUACGCUCAUCUAUAUAUUUGUUACCUCUUUUGAUAGUGGACAAGAUUUUUUAAUUUGCCCUUUUCACAGUUAAAUGGAGAAGCAACUACCUUUCCAGAACAUGUUCUGUUUUUCCUGCAAAUUGAUCCGCCAAAUGAACGAGAUGCUGAAAAUAUGAACAUGUAAGACCAAAAUCUCACACUCCAGCUGAAAGUUUGGGCCCUUGACAUGAAAAAGGGCUUUGAUAGUUUCCUCAAAAUGAAUUAAUUGUGUGCAAAAUUUUUAAUGGUUUAUGUGGAUAGUAGCUGUGCAAACUGACUACAAUUUUAACAGAAAGGAUAGCAUUUCGUGUGAUUUUAAAACAAGAGAGUUAGAUCAGUGUAACUUUUUUUUUUUCAGUUGCGAUAAGAAAUGCAAAUUACAAUGGAUUUUUAAAGCUCUUUAAGGAAAUCCAAUUUCAGUUUUAAAACAAAGUUUCUCGUCACUUUUAUUUUAGGGAAGCUUUUCAGUGGGGAUGAAGGGCUAACUUCACACCUGUAUUUUGUUUUGGCAAAAUGCAUUCUUUAAAACUGUUAUGAUAUCAAUUUAUUGUACAAGUAAUCUUGUUAAUUUUGUCUUCAACAGAUACAACAAGAAAAAAUACCUAGAAAUACAGGCUGCAAAACAGAGUGGAAAGAAAGGAUUUUACAAAAAGAAGAUGAACAAAAGAAAGGCAACUUGGCUAAGAUCGUGA